GUGCAACUCCCAUGUAUUUCUUUUUUUAAUUUUGACAGCGUUUGUUUUUAUGUUAUUUGUUUGCAGAAUUCGCCGAAGGAAGUUUAGCAAAACGAAUUUACCCAAAUUAUAAAAUAAAAUACAAAAUUAUUUGAAUUUAAAUGGCGCAGUUAGCUAUCCGUUCAUUAUGUGUAUUUUCUGGGAUACAAAUUACACGAGCAGUUCUUCGAAAUCGACCAAGAUCUAAAGCACCCGUUGUUAUAUCGGCAUUAAGAACUUAUGGAACAGCAUAUGAAGCUGAUGGUAAAACGAAAGUCAAUAUACUAAAUAAGGAACUUGAUUUGGGACUUAUGAUCAAUGGAUUUAGUCAAUAUGGGUUCCGAUUGAACAAUGAUAUGGUUAUAGUAGGACCUAUGGCUAUAUUUCCAAGAUCGGUAUUGUCAUGGAAUAUAAGCAGCUUUGAAGAGAUAAAUGAGGAUAGUUUGAGUAUAUUUUACACAUUAGAACCUAAAAUAGAUGUUUUAGUGAUUGGUAUCGGUGAUCAGAAAGUCACACCACAACUAUCUAUGAAAAUAAUACAAUUUAUGAAGAAAUAUAAAAUCAAUGUUGAGAUAUUGACCACCGAACAGGCUUGCGCAACGUUUAACUUCUUAAACGCAGAAAGUCGUAUGGUUGCUGCAGCUCUAAUACCUCCCCUGCACAUAACAUACAAUGAAAAUAACGUACUUCAAACUAAAUUAAGGCAAAAACAAUUGUAUCAGGUUGAUGAUUUUUAAAUAUAGUUAUAUUUUAUUCGUUUGUUGAUAACAAUUUAAAAUA